CUCAUCACCGCGCAAAAUGCUGCUGCGCGCACGUGCUCCGAGGCUGCUGUUCCGCUCAUUCACCGCGAGCCCACCCAAGGCCGCUCCCACGCCGAUUGCUCCGAGGCUCCUCCCCGCACGCCGCUCGCUCAGCUCGAGCGCCGUGCAGUUCGAGGAGCAGUACGCGGGCGGCCUGCAGUGGCUGCACUGGGCGAUGGCUGCAGGAUUCGCGGUGACGCUGGGCACGGCAAAGCUCUCACAGUGGACCACUGCUGACACGCCGUGGAACGGUGGCCGCACCAAAGGGCAGACGAAAGGCUACCUGAUGACGAUCCACAAGUCGACUGCGGUGCUCCUCACUGCCGCCAUCGUGCCGCGGGUGGCACUGAAGUUGCUCACGCGCGUGCCGGCGGCGCUGCCCGGAGGAAGGCUCGAGCACCUCGCCGCGGACGUCUCUCACGGGCUGCUGUACGGCUUCAUGCUUUGGAUGCCCGCGACCGGAAUGGCGAUGGGCUACUUUGGCGGCAAGGGCGUCCCCUUCUUCUGGCAGUUCACCAUCCCGGGCAAGGCCGACAAAACAAAGGAGGACGGCGCUUUUGCCGGCAAGAUGUUUGGCUGGCACACGACCGCGGGCAGCCUCCUCUACUACCUCAUACCCAUACACGUGGGCGGCGCGAUGGUGCACGUGCUCAAGGGCCACGCCAUCUUUGCCCGCAUCACGCCGGGCCUCAAUGCCGCCGUGAAAUCGGCCUGACUUGACUCCACACAGCGCUGCUCUAGCCCACGGUUUGCUCACCGGGGAGUCUGCUCCAAUGAGAAGGAACUUGCUCACCCGGGAGUCUACCGGGCGCUCGACAAACCCUUGGAGUAGAGUAUGAAAAAAAACGUUGGGUUUGUACUAUUAACAACGAAGGCGCUC